UAAUCCCCGCAGUUCACGAAGAUACACACGUUUCUCCCCGAACCAACGGCAAAACGGAGGACGUGCCCCUGACACUCCCACUGACUGACCGAACGCUGCAUCUUUUACACUGCAAAGUGCAUGCCGCCUGCAGAUGUUAAAUUAUUUCGUUCCAAUUUUGUUUGCGGCAUUUGGCUUACAAAAUGUACAGGCGAGGGUUGCGGGAAGGUAUGGAUUCGCGACAAUAUGGUUACGAUCAACAGACCGAACCUCUUAGUAGCAGAAGUGUUUCGAAAUCACCGCAUUCAAAGAGACUAAAUAUAAGUAAAGGAAGAGCUAUCGGUCUGCUGGUCUUGUUGCCACUUUUCACAUUGGUCAUUGGACUUUUGAUUGGCCUUUCGUCACAUAGCAGUAGGAGUGAUGAUUUUGCAACUUCCAGUGUUAUUGUUGAUACUUCAACACAACAGGAUGUGAGAGACUUGUUAUUCAACAACUUGAAGGCAGAAAAUAUAAAGAGAAAUUUGAAAGCAUUGGCUUCUAAAGUUCAUCUUGCUGGAACAAGUCAAGAAGAAGACAUUCUUGUUGAUCUGAUUAUUAAUAAUUGGAAAGAACAAUUGGAUGAAGUAAAGGUCUACCCAUAUGAUGUUCUGCUAUCAGUUCCCAAUGAAAAGGAUCCAAAUUAUGUUGCAAUGAAAAAUUCAGAUGGCUCAAUUUCUCACAAGUCGAAAGCAUAUGAGAGUCCCCUAACAACAUGGGAAGAAGAAAAUUUUAAAACUAUUAAACAACCAACUUUUCUUAGUUAUGCUGCAGCAGGCCACGUUGAGGGUCAAUUGGUAUUUGUGAAUUAUGGCCGUGUUCAAGAUUUUGAAACAAUCAGCAGAACGUUAAAUAUAGAUGUGAGAGGGAAAAUCUGCAUUGUUAAGUUUGGGAAAAUAUUCAGAGGUGAUAAGGCGAUUUAUGCGGAACGAAAUGGUUGUUCUGGAUUGAUUAUGUAUAGUGAUCCUGCCGAUUAUAGUUCGGACUCUACCUAUCCCAAUGGUUGGGGACUACCACCUGAUGGAGUGCAACGAGGCAGUCUUCAUUUGCGAGAUGGAGAUCCACUAACACCUUUUUAUCCAUCAAUUAAAUCAUCUUACAGAAUACCAGAAAAUGAGACUGGAUUGCCAACAAUACCAGUACAACCAAUCAGUGCAGAAGAUGCUCUUAUAUAUUUGUCAAGUAUUGGAGGAGACAGUGCACCAUCAGAUUGGAUGGGUGGUUUGAAUAUAACAUACAAGCUUGGAGGAAAGAUGACAGAUGACUUUGCUAAUAAUCAUAAUAUUGUACUUCACGUUGCUAAUACCAGACCGAUAACUGAAGUUAAGAACAUCAUUGGUUUUAUUCGUGGUUCUGUUGAACCGGAUCGAUAUGUUAUGAUUGGUAAUCAUAGAGAUGCUUGGGUGUUUGGUGCUCUUGAUCCUUCUAGUGGAACAGCAGUUAUGUUGGAGGUUGCCCGAGUGAUGGGAGAAAUGGUCAAGAGUGGUAAAUGGAGACCCCGACGUUCUAUUGUGUUCUGUAGCUGGGCAGCUGAAGAGUAUGGAUUGAUCGGGUCUAUUGAAUGGGUUGAGCAAUUCGAAAAGAAAUUGUUAAUGAAUGCUGUUACAUAUCUCAAUGUUGAUAUUGCUGUACAAGGCACUGCAACAUUUCGGGCAAGAGCAACUCCAAAUCUUCGGUCUAUUUUGUAUGAAGUUACAAAAGAAGUUCCUAAUCCCGAUCCUAAAGAAAUUGCAAAUAAUAGACUAACGGUUUAUGACACUUGGAAGAAGGUUUAUUAUGACAAAAACAACAAUGGUCGUCCCUUCGUUGGAUUUCUAGGGUCAGGAAGUGAUUACAUGAUGUUUGUACAAAAAACUGGAGUUUCUUCUCUUGACAUUCGAUACACAUUUGAUGAACACAACAAAAAACUAUCUUCUUAUCCUGUUUAUCAUUCAGCUCAUGACACAAUUGAGUACUUUGAAAAAUUCUUGGAUCCUGAUUAUAAAUUCAGUCUAGCAAUGGCACAAAUAUGGGGAGAUCUUGCUAGAAGAUUCGCAGAUGAUUCUGUUAUACCAUUUAAUCCUAUCGACUAUGCUGAACAAAUCAGAGAUAUGAUCAAUAUAAUCGAUAAAAACAAUGCAAAACAACUAGCAGAAAAUGGAAUCAGGCUAGAUGGUCUUCAUUCAGCUGCAGAAACUUUGCUCAAAUCAUCUUAGAUCUUGCUAGAGAUAUUUCCAAUAUUAAUAUUACAAACUUCUUACAGGUUUCGUGAACUGAAUGAUAAAUUGAUGUAUCUUGACAGAGCUUUCCUAGAUUUUCAAGGUCUUCCAGGCAGACCUUAUUUCAGGCAUGUAGUAUUUGCACCAAGUGUUCACGACUCGUACGCAGGAUCAGGGUUUUCUGGACUUACCGAUGCAAUAUACGAGGCAAAACGGGAUGUCAACUGGGGAAAAGUGAAAAAACAACUUUCUAUCACAACAUUUCAUCUUUUGUCAGCUGCCAGCACAUUGACGAAAUUCUGAUAUUGCGAA